AUAAACCAAACCAAAUUAAGGUAUAUCCAUAUCCCGUGUGAACUCCACCAUGUCGAAUCAAAGCGUUGACCCCUAUCAGCACCUUGGAUUCCUCCGCAACCGCGACGGCACCGUCACGCGAUUAAACGACGGCGUUCCGCGCACCGAGGCCUCUUCGGAUCCCUCUCUACCCAUUCCAGUUCUGACGAAAGACCUAACCAUGAACCAAAGAAACAACACCUGGCUUCGCCUAUUCCUGCCCCGAAUAGCACUCUCCUCUCCCAACAAGCUUCCUCUCAUUAUUUUCUUUCACGGUAGCGGCUUCGUGGUGAUGAGUGCGGCUACGUCCAUGUUCCAUGAUUUCUGCGUCCAAAUGGCCAACAUCACCGAGGCCGUCGUGGCCUCCGUCGACUACCGCCUCGCGCCAGAGCACCGUCUCCCGGCGGCGUACGACGACGGCGUGGAAGCGCUGCGGUGGAUCCGAAGGAGCGACGAAGAGUGGUUGACGCAAUAUGUGGACUACUCAAAGUGUUAUCUUAUGGGGAAUAGCGCUGGGGCCACUCUCGCUUAUCAUGCAGGCCUACGUGCAACUGAAGAGGUGAAUGAUCUUGAGCCACUGAAGAUCCAAGGGUUGAUAUUGCGUCAACCAUUCUUUGGUGGAACGCAGAGGAGCGAGUCAGAGUUAAGACUCGAGAAUAAUCCAGUAAUUCCAUUGUGUGUUACUGAUUUGAUGUGGGAGUUGGCACUACCAAUUGGUGCUGAUCGUGACCAUGAAUAUUGCAAUCCAUGGUCAGGGAAUGGGGUUCAGAAAUUUGAUAAACUGAAGGAGCUUGGGUGGAGGGUAUUGGUGAGUGGAAAUGGUGAAGACCUGCUUGUGGAUCGUGAGAUAGAGCUAGCACAAUUGAUGGAAGAAAAAGGGGUGCAAGUGGUGAAGGACUUUGUAGAAGAUGGGUCUCAUGGAGUUGAAAUUUUUUACCCAUCCAAAGCAAACAAAUUCAUUGCCUUAGUCAAAGAUUUCAUUUACAUGAUUGAUGCUUAGUAAAAAUUGCUAGUGUCGUAACAUGUUACUUUGGAGGAAGAUAUUAUUGUUGAUAAACUUUUAUUUAUUAUUAAUUGUUCAA